CGAACGAGAGUAAGCUGUACGGAAAGAGCGUUGUCUUAGUAGUAGUGGGAUAGAUGGAUCUCUCCCCGACUGUGUUGCCUAACCCCCGGGAUACCUCACCACAUGAACGUGUUACUUCAGGCGUGAUGGGAUGACCCCUGGCUGAUCAUUGUCAUCAUCAUGGCUUAUGCUUCAUCCUCAUCUCCAUUCCAUUUGCCCGUAGUGCAUCCGGCAGCGGCCUCCCUGUCGUUUCAUUAUAAAUGCGGCCAUCUAGUGACCCUUUCCCCGGAGCUCAAAUCGGCGUCCCGGACGCAUGCCGCCACGGAAUUCAAUCACGGCUUAGUUUUCAGCUCCCGACCUUUACAAGAUGACGAGAUCUUCGAGGUUCGCAUUGACAGCAAAGUCAACUCCUGGAGCGGUUCUAUUGAAGUUGGUGUCACGGUUUGCGAUCCGGAGUCUUUGGUCACACCUUUUCCCUCUAGCGCCACUGAGCUUCGUUCAGGGGCUUGGAUCAUGUCCGGCAACUCAAUCCAAAGAGACGGACGGGUUAUCCAGGAGAACUACGGUACGGAUUUGGCCCGUUUAGAGGAGGGGGAUCGGGUAGGGGUAGUCAAAACAGCGCAGGGAGAUUUGAUAUUUUUUGUCAAUGGGGUGAGCCAAAGUGUGGCAGCAUCUCAACUGCCGGCGAAAGUGUUUGCCGUGGUGGACUUGUAUGGUAAGUGUGCUCGAGUUUCGAUCAUGGAUAACUCGGUGCAAGAAGCUCGGAUUAUGUCCAACGACUUGAGCAAUGUGGCCACGGCGGCGGCGUCUUCCACCAAUCACUUGAACUUGUUGUCCAAAAAUAGCGCUCAUCACAACAUUACCAACAGUCACAUUGCGGCCAUGGCUUCGUCCCUCAAUUCAAAUGGAGGACAGACAGCUCAUGGGAGCACCUUGACCACAAGCCAUGGAAGUGGAAGUGGCACUACAAGCCAAAAGAUUCGAUUCCACGAAUGCAAAGGGUCUCUCAUUAAGGUGAGCAAUAACAGCCGCACCGCUGAGCGAAGACGCCCAUGUGAUGAGUUCAAUAACGGUGUGGUUAUGACCCAUCGCCCUCUGCGCGACAACGAGUUGUUCGAAAUCCGGAUUGAUCGAUUAGUCGACAAAUGGUCGGGCUCGAUAGAAGUCGGGAUAUCUAUCCACAAUCCAUCCUCUUUGGAGUUUCCCUCCACUAUGACCAAUCAGCGGUCAGGCACUUUGAUGAUGUCCGGUUGUGGCAUUUUGACGAAUGGACGUGGCACUAGGCGGGAGUAUGGAGAAUACAAUCUGGACGAGCUGAAAGAAGGCGAUCGCAUCGGAAUGAUGAGGAAAUCCAAUGGCAAUCUUCACUUUUAUAUCAACGGAUUAGAUCAGGGAGUUGCGGCUACCAAAGUGCCGCAACAAAUGUGGGGCGUGGUGGAUCUUUAUGGAAUGACCGUCAAGGUUACCAUAGUGGACCGAGACGAACGGGAUGAGCAAAAUCUAAUAACUCGACGUAAUGUGGCCAUGAGGGAACUCUUUCCAGAUGAGAACCGCUUACUAUUCCAUCCAAAUUGUGGUUCCCAUGCCGCUGUUAUGAAUGGGGGAAUGUCAGCUCAUCGACCCAAUGCUGGAGACGAUUUCAACUUCGGCGUGGUGCUCACAAAUCGACCUUUAAGGCCCAACGAGAUUUUUGAAGUUCGGUUGGACAAGAUGGUGAGCAAAUGGGCUGGGUCCAUUGAAAUUGGUGUGACUACACAUCCGCCUAGUGAGCUGGACUUCCCUUCCACGAUGACAAAUAUUCGUUCUGGAACCUGGAUGAUGACCGGAAAUGGGGUAAUGCACAAUGGAACCACAAUAAUUGACGACUACGGCCAAAACUUGGACAAGCUAAAAGUCGGAGAUCGCGUAGCCGUUGUUCGAAAAGAGGAUGGUACCGUGCACUUUUUUGUGAAUAGUGAAGACCAGGGUCCAGCCGCGAGUAAUGUGGCUGCCUGUGUUUAAGGAGUGAUUGAUCUCUAUGGCCAAGCUGCUCAAGCGACAAUAAUUGACAUGAACGAUCAUCGAUCUCCCGAGAGCGAGGCCACUUCAGCCACGUUUUAUAGCCAAUUAGACACCAAUGACUUGCGUUUCCAUCAUCUCCACGGACGAAAUGCCCGCAUUUCCAAUAACGGACUCACAGCCUCGCGGCCCAACGCCCUGGGCGAGUUCAAUGACGCAAUUGUUAUUUCAAACAGACCCCUUCGUGAUGGAGAAUUGUUUGAAAUUGUAAUUGAACGUAUGGUCGAGCGAUGGUCGGGCGCCAUAGAAGCUGGGAUGACUCUGAUCCGUCCAGAAGACUUGGAGUUCCCAAAUACAAUGACCGAUAUCGAUUAUGAGACUUGGAUGUUGAGCGGAUCCGCUGUCAUGCAAGAUGGUCUCACUGUGAGGAAUGGAUACAGCUGUGACCUUGACUCCUUGAACGUUGGAUCGCGUUUGGGAAUGAUGCGUCAUUUGGACGGUUCCUUGCGCUAUACCAUCAACGGUGAGGAUCAAGGAAUUGCAUGUGAAAAUAUCCCUACUGGUUGUUACGCCGUCAUUGACUUGUACGGACAGUGUGCCCAAGUAUCGUUAGUUCACGCUCCUCUGCAAGUACAAGAAAAUUCCUUAACUAGUUCUCAAGUGUUAGAAUCAUCACAUAUCAGCAUUCCCAUUGGCACUGAGGUGUCACAUCGCUUCCAUUCCUCUCACAGUAAGGGCUUGGAGUUGAGGACCAAUGGCCAAACUUGCGCCAGAGUGAACUUGGGAGAGUCUUCUCUUGUCUUGGGGCAUCAUGCCCUUCAUGAGGGCGAUUAUUUCGAAAUCAAAGUGGAAGAGGUCGACCCUAAAUUGGCUGGCUCACUUAAAAUAGGUGUCACCAGCUUUGUUCCUCAGGAGAAUAUGUCCUUGAGCGAACGCUUGAUCUCCCGAAGCACCACUAAUUUGUGGCUUGAAGGUACUCGUGUCAAAUUAAACGACCGAGUAAUCAAAACGAAUUAUUGCGCAACAUUGGAUCGUCUGGCUAAAGGAGAUAGAGUUGGACUCAGAAGGACCCAAGAUGGCGCCUUGAAGUUCUUCAUCAACGGGGAGGAUUGUGGGGUUGCUGUGGAAACUCUCCCCAAAAAGAUGUGGCCCAUUGUGAAUCUAUCUGAAGCUGUUACUUCAAUCACCGUGUCGAGCCUUGGUCAUCAAGUUCAAAGCCCUGGGCAUGAUUCUCUUGGGUCACAAUUUCGCCCGACUCUGAUUACUCUUCAAGAUUCUUUGGAGACACACGUCAUGCGUGAUUUCCCCGAUGAAAUUGUCAAAGCGUUGGAGUUCCACGAGAAUCGAGGCAGGAACAUUAACUUAAGAAACGGAAACACUUUGGCCAUACGACCUGACAGUUACAAUCAAGGUGUGACCCUGACCAACCGUCCUCUGCGGAGGGAAGAGCUGUUUGAGCUCAAGAUAGAGAGGCUCUUGACCAAAUGGACCUCCUCUCUCAUGGUUGGAGUGUUCUUCCAAUCUCCUGAUAAAUUCCACCUACCAGUGAAUGGUCUUGGGUUUAAGAAGAAUUGCAUUCUAGUUUGUGCUGACAACGUGUUUCAAAACGGGUCUAAAAUCAUGGGACCCUAUGGUCCAAAUUUGGAUCACUUAGGAAUGAGUCAAUCUGUGGGCAUUCUGGUGGACAACCUCAAUCAAUUACAUCUCUAUGUCAAUGGCAUAGAUCAAGGAGUUGCCGCCCGUGAUCUACCUCCAAUAUGCUAUGGAUUGGUGGAUCUCUACGGUCAAUGUGCUGAGGUUUCAAUUGUGAACAGGAACAUUGCCGAGCAAGAGGAACCAGAUUUAGGGGUCAUUGGUUUGCACGAAGACGAAACAUCCAAUAUGAAAACGACCAAGAAACAACCCCUUUGCCACUUAUCGCUCUCAGAGAGCUUCAGUUUGGUCAAGAACUGUGACUAUCUCAAUCUGUGUCAGCGCUUCAAGAACUCACUUGGACUACCAAAUAGCUACUUUACAGCAGAUUAUCCGAUUUGUUUCUGUCCCAAUUGCUUCAAGAUUCGUGGCGAGCCUCCCUAUAUGAAGAAAGGAGACCCGUUGAAAGACUAUGCCACGCCCACGGGGUGGAGUAAAUUUGUGCUGAAGACUAAACAUGAACCAGCCAUGGUAGAGAAGAUGCACACUGCCUUCAUUGGAACCAAGUCGGCCCUGGUCAGAAGGGUGUUGGAUCUCGGGGAAAUCACCCCACCAGGUGAGCUUGGAUUGGAACAAAACUCGGAGAAGAAGAAGCUCAAGGAAGAUGACAGUGACACGACUCAAUUGGUACUCACGCCCACUUUGAAGUACAUCAUUGCUUACCCGGGCUGGAGCCAAAUCAAUCGCUUUAAAGACAAAAUCACCCAAUCCGUCUACAUUGCACGAAUCGCUUUCCAAGUCGAGAUUCAGCCCGGGUCCUACAAAAUUGGACCGCCCACUGCGUUCGACUUAAAAACAGCACCUGAUCCGCAUUUUAAGUUGGAUGAAACCGAGUGGCUCACCAAAGAACGUGGCAACACUGCAGUUUCUGCCCUUUUAGUGAAACUGGACAAGGCUUAGAACAGACUUGUCUCUUAACAAUCCUGCAUUACGAUAAAAGAUUCAUUCAGUCAAUAAAACAUGAAAAGCCA